UCUAUCGUCUCUGAGGAGGUUCUUCCUCUCCUUCUUCCUGUUUCCUUUGUCCUUCUCUCCUGUGUUGUGACGGGCCGGCCACGACCAUCUGGGAGGCGGACGAGAUGGACAAUCCAUCCGCCAUCCUUGAUGACAAAGAAGGCCACUCUCGGUCUAUGGUGUGCCGGCCCAUGGCUGUCUCCGGGAUCGUCUCUCAUGGAAUAUGGGUAGGGGAGAAUCCUUUGAAGUAUGGGUUACCUCUCUUUUUAAUUCAAAUCUCUCUCAUCUCCAUAAUCACGUGGGUUCUGUACUACCUUCUCAAAUCCCUCAGACAGCCUAAGAUCAUCAGCAGUUUAAUGGGGGGGGUAAUCCUAGGUCCAUCAGUCCUUGGCCGCAACAAGCGUUUUACAGAAAUGUUCUUCCCACGAGAAAGCCUAAGGCUGGUGGAAACAGCUGGGAUGUUAGGUGUAACCUUCUUCCUCUUUAUAGUGGGAGUGAAGAUGGACCCCUCCAUCAUUAAGAAAUCAGGGAAGCAGUCAGUGUACCUAGCCAUUUCAAAUGUAUUCUUCCCUGCAAUUCUUCUGUCAUUCGUCGUCUUAACCUUCAAUGAAUCUAUCAUCCCGGCCGCCCUAACGAUUAACCAUGUCAUGAAACUGUCCUUGAUGUUGUCAAUGACCUCGUUCCCUGUCAUCGCAAUCACCCUCACUGAGUUUGGGAUGCUCAACUCGAACAUUGGCCACCUGCUCAUGUCAUCAGCGAUGAUCGUAGAAAUAUUCAACGUCUUGUCUGUAUUGGCCACCGUGGCAGUUAAUGUAGCUGCAGAGAACCAGAUGUACGCCAUAGGGAUGGUGUUGUCAAUGAUCGUUCUGAUAGUCUCCAUCAUCUGCAUGUUCAGGCCCAUAUCAUUGUGGAUCAUCAAACAGACCCCAGAGAAUCACCGAGUGGCAAAUGCCCAUGUCUUCAUCAUUAUCAUCGGGGUCCUGUUCACCGCUUUAAUCGGAGAGUUUAUUGGGCAGCAAACAUCCUUCGGGCCGUUCAUCUUGGGCUUGGUCAUACCAGUUGGGCGUCCACUAGGAUCGGCUAUGGUAGAAAGGAUUGAAUCCGUGGUUUUGGAGAUACUAAUGCCACUCUAUUUCGUUUCGAUGGGCUUGAAAAUGAAUGUGUCUGCUAUACGUGAUUGGAGGCUACUUGGGUUCAUAGGGUGGAUCACGAUCAUCAGUUGCCUAGCGAAGAUUGCGGCGCCAACCAUGUUGUCGACUUACAUCAACAUCCCCAAACAGGACGCUCUCGUGUUUGGCCUGUUCAUGUGUUCCAAAGGUAUCAUGGAACUCAUCGUUUUGAAUAUUUGGAGGAAUGAGAAGGCAUUAGACAACCAACAGCUCGUCUGUGUGGUUCUAUCUUUCAUGAUGGCGACUGCCAUUUGCACGCCGCUGGUGAUUGCCAUUUACAACCCUACGAUGCAGUACAUUGCGUACAGUUGGCGAACGGUACAGCACAGUGUUGAGAAGAGCUUAGGUCCAUGUCUUCUUACAUGUAUCCACGACGAAGACAACGUCCCACCCAUCAUCAACCUCCUGCAAAUGUCUAAUAAUUCCAGGUUUGACCCCCUAGCCGUCCAUGUCCUCCACGUCGUGAAGAUGGUAGGCCGCGCCUUGCCUUUGCUUGUGCCUUACAAACCAUCCACAGACCCUACCACCACUAAUAGAAUAAUGAACGCUUUCUACCAGUUUGAGCGCAACCACCGUGGGCAUGUAUGGCUGCAACCCUUUAUAGCAAUUUCACCCCACGAGACCAUGCACAAUGAUAUCUGUUCGCUUGCACAUACCAAGCACGUAUCGCUCGUGAUCAUGCCAUUCCACAAGCAACCGGCAGUUAAUGGUGAGAUGAUGAUGGGGGCGUCAGGUCAGGCCAUCAAGGUCAUUAAUCGUAGCGUCUUGGAGGAGGCUCCAUGCUCGGUUGGGAUUUUGGUGAACUGCAUGACCUUGGGAGGGACUACGAAACCGAGACAGCAUUCAUUCCACUUGGCUGUCUUGUUCUUGGGAGGACGUGAUGAUCGUGAGGCGUUGGCUUACGCGGCAUGGAUGGCUAGUAACCCAUCUGUCAGUAUCUAUGUAACACGAUGUGUUCCGAUGGAUAGAAAACUCUAUGAUUCUAUUGAGAAGAAGCUCGAUGAUGAGAUGGUGGGGAAAUUCAAGAUGUGGGUGGCGGGUAAUAACCGGGUUAGUUAUCGAGAGGAGGAGGUGGCUGAUGGUGGGGGGACGGUUGAGGUGAUUAGAUCGAUGGGUGAUAUGUAUGAUCUUUUCAUGGUGGGGUGGGGUUUAGAGAUGGAGACGGUCCUAACGAAGGGGUUGAGAGAAUGGAACGAGGAAUCUGAGCUUGGUGUUAUAGGAGACUUCCUCGCGUCGACGGAUUACAAUGGGGCAGCAGCUAUUCUGGUGCUGCGACAGCAGGCUAGAGUGGCUAGCAUGGAUGGGGCGCAACCCAUGGCGCACGUUAGCAUAGCGGCCUCGAAUAGGGUCCAAGAUGUGCUGGACGUGCCAGGUUAACGAGAGGGAGGCACUUUCAGGGUUUUGAUGAAAAUGAAAGAGAGAGGAUGACCCAAUGUAAGGAUAUGAUUUUGUUUAUUAGCUUUUUUUUUUUUGUUUU